AUGUCUGUCAUCCAGGUUGAGGAGCUCGUUUCAUACCAGCUUCGCACGAGCUACCUCGACGAGAUUGCCGACGGCGUGGGCGAGCGCCUCCUAACAGUUAACGAGGGCUACGUCAAUUCGCCGGCCUUCAAAGCCGCCGGCUGGCGCCCCGAUUCGUCGCACGCGAAGCGCACGCACUCGCCCCCGAUUCCGACGGCCAUUGCGUCAGAAUACUUCCAGGCACCGCGCCGGCUGGGUUUCACGCUCGAGGAAGGAGACGAGGAUGGAGAUGGGGCGGGAAUGCUGACGGGUGGCGGUGCCGAUACCAUCGGCCCGGGCACGGCAGCUACGAAGCGCCGCAGGCGGCGCGAGCAGAUGGAGGAGGAGGACGAUAGCAGCGAUCUCAGCGACGAGAGCGAGGACGAGUCGGACCAGCGGGCGGUGCAGCAGAUCAAGUUUGCCAAGAUGCCUGUGCGGCACAGGGCAGGGUCGUCUCCGAUACAGUCGUCGGCCAUCAACGCGAGGCAACAGCCAACGGCGCCCUCGCCCCGUUCGCGUCGACGCGGAUCCCACUCGGCCAUGGGGGCGGUCAAGAAUCGCCCGCGUAGAGACACGGUCACCAGCAGCGAGAUAUCAUCCGACAACGAGAUGGACAGCCUGCAGCAACAGCGCCAGAAUGACGCGGCGACGAGGAUAUUGUCUGGCGUGCGGAGAGGUUCAAGGCUCGAGGAUAGGAUCCAGGAGGAGGAGCCCCUACAAGGCAUCAAGAGGGCCGACACAUCGCUGCUGCCCGAGGAGGAGGAGGAGGAGGAAGAAGACGACGACGACGAGGACUCGGACGAAGGGUCUGACAUGUCGGGCGACUAUGUGGGUAGCAUCGACUCGGCGUCCAUCCUGGACGUGGCGGACACGCCGGUCAACACGUCGCCUACGCGGCAGGUUGUCGGGACGCCGCCCAAGAACUACAUGCGGCAGUCGACGAUCCGCAAGUCGCAGCUGCCGCUCAAGCACCUGCCGCUGGAGGCCCUGCCACCGCCGCGGCCGAUGAGCACGAUCCGGCCGAUGAGCGUCAUGCAGCCCAAGAGCCUGUUGUCGGCGGCCCUCAAGGCGAGGGAGAACAAGCCGUCGAUACCAUUCCAGAAAUUUGCCCACCUGAGCGGACAGGGCACGCGCGGGUCCAUCGCCGUGCGCGUCUACCCGGCCUUCUCAGACGACCCUGGCAAGUCGUUUGAGGUGCUCAUCCGGCCGCGCGUGCAGGAUGGCCAGAAUGUCGAGCGCGUCGUCACCGUGGUCGACCUCAUCGGUCUCAGUCUCUACCGCUAUAACGAGGAGAAGAGGGACCCUUCCUUGCGGCCCGAGAGGCUCAACGUCAACUGGUGGACGCUCAGGAUGGUCGAAGAGGGCGGCGAGGUGGACGACGAUUUCCCACCGUUUGAGAGGACGAAGCCGCUGUCUUCGUUCACCACGGUCAACAACGCCAACAUGAGGGGCGGCGGUAGGAUGCGGUCUAAUUCUACGGCCUACGACGAAUUUGCCCUCGUGGAGGCGUCGGCGGACGAGUUCGAGGAGAACAAGCAGGUCACGCCGGAAGAGGAUGAGGAGGAGCAGCAGCAGCAGGGCAGCAAGGAGGACGAGCAGAGCGCACAGCAACUGAAGGCGCAAACGCCAGCAACGGCGUCGGCGGCACCGACAACGGCAGCUCCGGUAGACGGGGAGGGCGGUGCGGGGGGAAACUCGAUGACGGUGCCGUCGGACCGGCCACGGAUGAACCCAAUCCUCACGACGACGUACCGACCCAACACGCCGCUGGCCGACAAGCCGGCCAUGCCACCAACGACGGUGAACACGAUGCGGGGCCAGCAGAAGCUCCUGCGGAUCCACAUGAUGCUGUCCGACACAGCACCAGGCCAGACGGUGACGGUGGACGUGACGACGGACACGUACCUGGCCGAGGUGCUAGAGGUGGUAUGCAGCAAGCGGCAGCUGGACAAGGGCAACCACGUGCUCAAGCUCCCCGGUUCGGGUGCGGUCGUCAUGAUCGACCGGCCCGUGUCGUCGAUCGGCAACGUGUCGGACUUGGAACUGUACAGGCGGCGGUUCGCGACGGACGGACCGCUGACCAUGACGGGCUCGCCGAGCAGCACGUCGCCCAAGGUAGCGGCCAUGGCCGGCGGCGGCGGCAGCGUCAACGCAGGCGUCAUCGGCAGCAGCAGCGUCCCCGGAGCCAUAGGCGGCAGCGGCAUGGGCGGCGACGGAAGCGGUGGGGGCGGGGGCGGGGGCGGGGGCGGCAGCAUCGGCGGCCAGCCGCACCGUAAGGUCAGGAAGGGUCAGAUGCUGGGCCCGCACCCGCUCGCGCGAGAGAUUGCCAAGCAGGACGAGCUGGGCAAUGCCAACUACAAAAAGUACACGGUGUGGCGGAAGCAGCCGAUGCGCAUCGUCGGGCUGAGCGAGAGGAUCCUGGUCAUCGACGGCGAGUAUAUCCAUAUCGUGCCUGCCUCAGGGGGAAGGGCCCUCGUCGAGGGUGGCGGGAAGACGACGACGGUACACUUUAGCAAUGUCAUUGGAUGUAAAGUGCCGAGAAAGCAUCCUACGAACGUCAAAUUGGUGGUAUACAAAGCUACGGAGAGUAAGCGGUAUGAUUUCGAGACGAGAGGUGCGGGGGAGGCGGCAGAGAUUGUGCAGGCUCUCAAGACGGGGAUAUCGCCGUAUAGAGAGGUGUAG